UAUGUCGUACAAGCCAUCUGUGCGACACUGAUCGUCUCCUCGGAGCUGCUUUGCUGAGUCCCCGCACCCAGAUCGGGUCCGCGGCUUCAGCGGAAUCUGCUACUUCCAUCCUCUACCAUACACCUCGGGAUCUGUCUAGUAGCUUGAGAGCAACAGAUCGAAGCCGCCAAGAUGCGGACCAGCACCGCUCGUCUCGCCGUCGCCGUCGCGGCGGUCGUGUCGGCGCCGCUGGCGGCGUCGCUAUUCGCCUCUCCCGACUCCCCCUGCGCCAAGUAUUGCGGUAAUGUCCUCGGGAGGACAUCCACCGACGAGAUGGCAUGCGACUCGGGCUCCCUCUCACAGACGUCCACGGGCGUCGUGUGGGAGCAAUGUAUCAGGUGCCUGCUUACUGGUACCUACGCAUCUGGAAGCCCGUCGGACAUGCAAGCACUGCUCUACAACCUGCGAUUCAACAUGGAGUACUGCCUUUUCAACGCCCCGGUCAACCCAUGCAUUACAAGUCGAGCGUGUGGGCCUCUUGCCGACGCCGUCAACUACAAGAACUUGACGACUUCCGUAGGAGCCUAUGACUAUUGCAGUCUUUGGGCCGAGGACGCUGUUCCGAGAUGCACGCCAUGCCUCUAUGAGCUCCCGGACGGGAAUUACACGAACAACUACGUGAUGAUUCUAGAAGCGGCCUGCGAGCAGAAACCCGCGCCCGGAUCCACCGUCUCCAUUUCGGGCGACCCCUUCGACACCGUCAACGGCGUCACCAUCGUCCCGCCGCAACCCACCUAUUCGACGGUCCCAGCCCCAGACUAUGGCCCGGUUUCGCUGGGUGCGCGCGUCGGCAUCGCCUUCGGCGGUCUUGCCUUCAUCCUCGCCCUGGCCGGCUUCUGCAUCGUGUGCAACGGCAAGCGGAGGAGGAGGGCCUUCCUGCGCGAACUCGAGCGCCGCCACGGCGCACAGGGCUGGCCGCACCCAAAGACGCCCUACGUCGGCGGUGCCGGCGGCAGCAGUAGCGGCGGGGGCCCAGAGAUGUUCGAGACACCCGUCAGCCAACGGCCGCUGCGCGGAUGGGAGAACGACAGCCCCGUGAGCGCCCAGCCGGACGGGCCGUACCCGCGCUACUUCAGCCCCUACACGAGCCAGUAUAACAGCCCCGUGUCCGGCCCCGAGUCGGCCGGUGCCAGCACGGCGGCGUUCAACCAGUGGCCGACGGCGACGCAGGAGAAGCUGCUGAUGCAGAUGCACGCGCACCACGAGAAGCGGCAGAACGAGCUGGCCAUCGGCAUCGCGCUGGGUGGCGACGACGCGAGCCUGCGGUCCAAGGCGUCGAACCUGAACCUGAACGGAUACCCGGUCGAGUCCAAGGGCAAGGAGCGCGAGGAGGCAUACGAGUUGCACGAGGUGGAAAGCCCGUCCGAGAACGGGAACCGGACCGGGAAAGGCGAGUCUCGCAGUUACAACGAAAAACACCCCCAACCCCACUACAGGAUGCCCGCUGAGCCGCAAGCACCUGUGCUGCACCACCCCGGCUACGGGAGGCACCACGGGUCACGGCCCGGGUCGAGCGGCACUGGCGGCGCGGUUGGAGGCAUGGAUCAGUAGUGAGCAGAGAUGGAGCUAGGAGGAGAGAGGG